AUCUGCUUUCUUCUCACAAGCAUCUGCUAACUUCCAAGCCAUUCUAAUAGACUUCCGUCCAAUUUUUCCGAUCAGCACCAUGUCUAAGGCUCUCCUCCUGGCCCUGGCGGCCAUUGGAUUUUGGGCAAUCUGCGCGUCUGCUCAAUGCGGUAGUCCAACUCAGGCGUGCGACUUCUACUUCUACGGUUAUGACAAGGCCGUUCCGGUCUUUAAGCUCAAGUCCGUUCGGGAUGAGAAGGUCGUCAGCACCGGCCUUCGCUGGAAGGGCCAGUCUCUGUUCGUUGAGACCGCGACCACCCUCGGAAACUCGACGUGCAAAGUGGGCGGCCAGAAGAAGGUCUUUUGCGACAAUUACUUCUUCUUCCGUCCCCGUGGCGGCAAGAAGUCGUACGAGAAGUACGUCAAUCGCUCCGACCGUCUGGGCAUCCGUCCCAUCCCCAAAUGGAAGCUCAAGCAGUUCAGCAACCAGUGCAUCAAGAUGGGCGUCGACUCCGCCAAGAUCAAGUUCUUCAAGGCCAAGACCGAGAACUCGUCCGUGUGGAUCAAUCCCAACGACAACAACGCCCAGUUCCCCCAGGCCCGGCGAUGCGUGGCUUUCAAGAUUGUCACCGCCUAGUUUCGAGGCGUGGCGCACACGCCAGUCCGCGCUUCAUCUUUUGGCGGGAAGGCGUGCAUUGGCAGGAAGGCGGGGGCCUGCACACUAGUAAUUCGUCACAAGAGCAUGAUGACAGCGCUCAACUGCCUGGUACCUCCGUCACUCGGACCAUACAAGCUGAUAGCUAGCUGACAGUGGAUUCCUCACUGGAUCGGAACGUAGAUUUAGGACCAUUGCUGAUAGCUUGUACAUCGCUGUAGCUCAAAUAUAACUCAUAUAGUGUGGUAGUGACAUCCUUUCACAGCUCAAUGUUCAUUUCACCUGACCAGUACCAGAGAGCUGCAUUUGAUCAGCACGCCAUUCCCGUU